GUAAGUAGGAAGAUGGGUAGUAAGGUAGGUAGGUAGAUAGGCAGAUGGGUGGGUAGGUAGGUAGGAAGAUGGAUAGGUAGUUAGAUAUGUAGGUUGGUAGAUAGGCAGAUAGAUAGGAAGAGUGUUUUGCUGAUCCCUAAAAGAAAUUUUGUUGCAGCAGCACAGUUAGCACACAGUGCAACAUAGAUUUCGGUAAACUAAGAAAAUUGAAAUAAGAUACAAAUGAAAUUCCAUGUACUAAGUAGUAAAUAAAAGGUUUAAGUGCCAGUAGCAGGUAUACUGUAAGAAAUUGUAAAGAAAAAACUCCAUAAUUAAAUUAAAGAGUGUUGUCUGUGGCUCUUAUGACGUUUAUGGCUUUCUCUGUGUCUCUUUGUGUGUGAAUCUGAGUCACUGCAUGCAAACCUAUAAUUGGUAUCAUGAGGCCAGAAGUAUCAGGGACACAUGACACCGUUCUGCUGCGAGAUAGAGACGGGGAGAUAGAGAGAGGAAAGUCGUACGAGAGGCCGAGAGAGACGAGCAAAAUGUCAGCACCAAGGCCAGGAGACAGAUUAGGUGAUUACAGAGCAAGAGCUAGAUAACAGCAUGGAGAGUUUAAAGUGAAGGAAGAAAAGAACGAGAGAUCAGGAGUGUAACAGAUGAUAUGCAGCCGGUCGUCCCGUAUCCCUUCAGGCACGAACUCGACCAGCGCUCAGGGUCCGAGUGGAGAAUCUCAGGCUCACUCAUGGAGCUCAGCGUUGGGACGCCAUGCUCCUUCUCCAGCUGUAGAAAGCGAAUACCCAAGAUGCAUGCCAGCCGGAAUAAGACCAAGCUCCUCGGAGUGAUGAUGAUGGUCAACUUCCUGAUUUACAUUCUGGUAGAGGUUUCACGGAGUUAUAGCAAAUGGGACUCCACCAAGCCCCGCAUACCAUCUGAGCAAUUCUGGAAAAAGCCUGAAAUCAGCAAAGCCUUUUGGAACCGCAAUCAGCAGCAUCUUGACUACAUUUUCAACCCGCUAAUCAUUUCCAGCACUGCUACCACCACCAGCGUGUCCCACACAAAGAGGACGCAGAACUCCACUCGGCCGAACUCCACCACCAAGGCGGAGCACUGCGAGCCAGACUUUAAUAUAACCGCACAGAUUAAGGAUUACACCUCCCUGCCUCAGCGCUUCAAAGAUUUCCUGCUGUAUAUGAAAUGUCGGUCGUACCCGUUGCUAAUAGACGCUCCGGGUGUGUGUUCUGAAAAGCCUUUCCUGCUGCUUGCUGUAAAGUCACUGACACCUCAUUUUGAACGGCGUCAAGCUAUCCGGGAGUCCUGGGGACGUGCUGGGAUCCUGGCCAACCGCAGCGUGGCCACCGUCUUCCUCCUGGGCAAGACAACAGGAAGUGAUUUCUUCCCAAACGUUUCGGGGAUGCUUCGUUAUGAGGCGUCGAUGAACGGCGACCUGCUUCAGUGGGACUAUCGCGACUCGUUCUUCAACCUCACACUGAAGGAAGUGCUGUUCCUCGAGUGGAUGGCCGAGCGCUGCCCCUCUGCCCGGUUCAUCUUCAAGGGUGAUGACGACGUCUUCGUGAACACCCGAAACAUCGUGAAUUUCCUCGAUGGACUCCCAAAAUCGAAGACACGAGAUUUAUUUGUCGGAGACGUGAUCAGUAACGCCGGGCCGCACCGGGACAAGAAUCUGAAGUACUACAUCCCUGAGAGUUUCUUUGUAGGAGGUUAUCCGCCGUAUGCGGGCGGCGGAGGCUUCCUUUACUCUUCUGAUGUGGGGAUCCGGUUGAGAAACAUCUCUCAGCAUGUCUCUCUCUUUCCCAUCGAUGACGUCUACACCGGCAUGUGCCUGCAGAAGCUUGGUCUCGUGCCAGAGAAGCACCAGGGAUUUAGGACUUUCAACAUAGAGGAAAAGUACAGAGAGAGUGCCUGCAUUUACCAGACCUUAAUGCUGGUGCAUCCCAGGAGUCCGCAGGAAAUGAUUAAAAUCUGGAGUUGGAUUAGUGACCCAGAGCUGAGCUGCUAGUGAGAUUGGACAGUGGUUAAAUGGACUGGAGGUCACUUUAUCUGCUAGGGUCAUAAAUGUUUGAUGCAGAGUCGUUUGCUUCUCCGGAUGCUGUCGUAGACGAGCAACAUCUGAUUACAUCUGAUCCUGAUCUUCAGGAUUACUGGUCAUUUGGAGUGGACACUGAAUGGUUCAUUUCCAGCCUGUGACCCAUGAUUUAACUUCAGAUGAGUGCAGGAUGGGGUUGCUAAUAUCUUAUCGUCUGGCAGGUAUUCUGUUUUAAGUGAAAGAGUAAGCUGGCUCGUAGCAAUGCACUUCUGUUAGCAAACACUUCAGCCUUAACACUCGACUCUUCAACAAAUGUCUUGUUUCACUGAUUUAUUUUUUUCCUAAAUCUUCUUUAAUAUGAGUUCUAUGUUUUUAAAAUGCGUAACAGUUCUGACAUUUUUGAUUGAAGGGACUUUAUUCCAAGACUUUAUCACAUGCUAACUUUUUUUGCUAGUUGUCCUGACCACUUUUUAUCUUUUUUUUUUGGCUCGGGGGGGAAAAAAGAUCAUAGACUAUUUUCAUACAUCUGCUUAUCGCCUAUGAUCUGAUCUCUGUCUAGCAAUGUGAUUUAGCCUUCGCAUGGUGCUUAAGCUACAUGCCUAAUUUAGCAGUGAUCUGAAAAACUAGUGAUCUUACAGUGCUACAACCAAAGACUGCCAUUUGAAUACAUUAGAUGUAACACACCUAGCCGGCUAACGGCCCUUUAAAAUAACUUAUUAAAAACUGAUAGAUUUUACCACUGUUGCUAAUAGUGACGUAACUGGCCUGGUAAUUAGCUAGUAUCAUUUGAGGUGAUAAAAUCUGCCAUAGAAGGAGUUAUUAAAUAAGUCACAGACAUUCCUGCUAGUUAAAAUAGUUCACAAGUUGUUCUUAAUCGUAACAAUGGAACAAUACUAUAGUUAGGUCUAGUGAGCAAACUGUGUGGAGGAGAAAAACUUAUUCCGUUUUUUUCUGAGAUGGCCACCUCCAGAACAUUCCAGUGUUCGGCUAUGCUGUGAAGUUUUAUUCCUAUGUAGAGAUGAAACUGGGUCAAACUGUGAUCUAAAAAACGUUAGCAGACGUUCCUGGGUUCGUCUCAAUCAGUCUCAAUAGUUCUCUAGGUGGUGUAAGAGUUGGGGCUUUGGUAAGGACUCGCUCUGUAAAACUAUAAAUAUGUAAUGUUAAAGUUUCACGCGUUGCACAAACAUGUUAGCUUGAUCACACGUAUGGUACUCGAUUUUUUUUUUUUUUACACUUAAGUCAAACUAACUGUUUACAGAACGUCAAAUAAAGUUAAGCAUCGCUAAUGAAUAUCAGUAACCCUUUUUACGAGCUACAAAAACCCCAACAAGCUACUGCUGGGUUUUUUCAUGAAAUAUGAUGCCAUUUCCAGUGAGGGGAACAUAGCGAGUGAGCAUCGGUGCUGCCUGGUUUUUGCACUGCAUUGUGGGAUAUAUUGGAAACGAAUGGUUCAGUGGCACUGGAAGAAUUUCGCUUUUAAAAUGGCCGACUCCCUGAUUAGAUCGAUGCCCUGACUACUGAGAGCUGAUUGAGAUGCACCAGUAUAAUGUGGCUGAACUACUGAAUGUGAGAGAGAGAUCUACAGACAUGACUGUGGAUUAUUUUUUUCCCACCUGCUGGGUAGGUGCUUUAACGUCAUAGCUCCAGAGCGAGAAAACGUUACUUUGAUUUGGUUCAGUUUAACAGAAACUCCUUUUAUUAUUCCAAUAAAUAAACGACAGUAUUUUCUUUUUCACAAUGAGGAAUGUUCCGUUAAAAAUAAUGGAUCGGUCCAUGUAUUCGUUGAUAACGAUCAGCAGACACCAAAGAACAACAUCCUCUCUUUUUGACAUGAAAUGGACUUGAGACCAGAGAUUACCUCACCAGUCUGUGGCGAUGCUUGUAAUUCUUUUAGGAUCCUAAAAGAAUUCGGAUUGGCCUCAAAACUAGACCUUGGAUUCAGGACAGUCUACAUCCAAGUGCACUGUGUAGGGACGGAAAGCCAUAAUCAGACAGUCCUAAACAGUGUAUUAAUAUCUGUGUGGAACAAACUGUAAUAUAAAUAAUUUAUAUUUUGCUAUUUCCUAUGUGUGCGGAAGAAGUGGGUAAAGAAAUCGUUAUUUAAGUUAUUAUUUAAUAAGUUCGGGCAUUUUGAAAUGUUCUCGUGUUUGUCUUUUUAUAAAUUGUGUCCGUGUGUGAGAGUCUGUUCUGAAUUUUAAACAAACUGCAUUUCAGCGUUAUAUUAUAGGCAUUUUUUGAAUUAAAAAGAAUCUGUAUUUUCUGUAGUCCCCUCCAAAACUAUUGGAACGGGGAAAACCAGUUCACUUGUUCUGGCUGUCGAAUGAAGACGUUUGAGAUCAAAAGACGAAUAUGAGAAAAUUUCAGCUUUUACUCCCUGCUGUUCAUUUUUUUUACAGUCACCGGCCUGAUGCGGUUAUGGCAACUGAGAGAUAUACAACCAAAUGUUAAGUGUAAUUUCAUUUUCUGUUCCUAUACUUUUGGUCAUCUAAACAAAUGAGAUGGUUUGCGAUGUUGUUUAAUAAUCUAGAUCUUUCUUUUCAUGUCAAACCCAAAUAUCUUGGCCUUGAUGUUGGAGGGUGAUUUCGCUUCUUUCCAAAAAAAAAAAAAAAAAUGCUUAGAACAAACUAUCUAUAUAUAUUCUACAGACUCGAAUCAAAUUUCCAUUACAAUUUUUAAUCAAUACACUUACACGUACACUUAUAAUACUUGAAAUUUGAUUGUAAGAUGUCUUUUUGCAGUGUUUGUGUGUGUUAUUGUUCUCUUUGUUGUUGUUGUUGUUGUUGUUGUUGUUGUUGUUGUUGUUUUUUAAAGUCUGUGUGAAACCCAGUCACUGUUUUCAGAAGUACAUUACAAAAACCAAGGUCGCAUUGUCCGGGCUUUUUGUUCGUCUCUGCACAAGCCUGUUGGAAUGUUUUCUUUGGUGCCUUAUGUUUUGGUUUUGCACUGAAAAAAAAAAGAUUAAAAAAUUACUCCGUGGUACGUGUGUUUAUCAUGUAGUUUUUUUUUUUUUUUUUGAUAAAUAUUAGCAUUUAAGGAAUGACAAUAAGGGGGUAUUUAAUGAGGGGGAAAAAAAAUUAAAAUACUUGGUCAUUUGGAAAAUAAAAUCAGUGACAUGAAAAACUCCCAAAACAUGUGGGCUGGUGGAACGGCUAUGCAAAACUGCCCUAAGGGAUGAAAGAGUGUGUGUGUGUGCGCUUGCAUG